GUUUUCUCUCUGGGCAGUUCUUUUUGUUUUGGGAAGACUUCUGACCUUAAUUCUUUCAGUACUUACUGUUGGCUUUGGCCUUGCAAGAGCAGAGAAUCAGAAGCUGGAUUUCAGUACUGGAAACUUCAAUGUGUUGGCUGUUAGAAUCGCUGUUCUGGCAUCUAUUUGCAUUACUCAAGCCUUCAUGAUGUGGAAGUUUAUUAACUUUCAGCUUCGGAGAUGGCGGGAACACUCCACUUUUCAGGCACCACCUGUGAGGAAGAAACCAACAGUAACUAAAGGCAGGUCUUCUAGAAAAGGAACAGAAAAUGGUGUAAAUGGAACAGUAACAUCAAAUGGAGCAGAUUCUCCCCGUAAUAGGAAAGAGAAAUCUUCAUAAUGAAUUAACAGCGAAUUGAUUCAUGUCCCCAAAGAAAUCUGCUUUUUACUCUAUCUUUCAGCACUAGAGAUUUUUCUGUUCUUGAAAAUACAGUUUGUGCUCUUUGAUUCUUGCUAUUGUACCGUUUCAUGCAUUUUUUUAAAGGGCAUUUGAGGGAGGAUGAUUACUAUGAGUGAAAAAAUAUUUUAGCUUAGACUAAGCUACCUGCCUUCAAAAUAGUUUAGGGACCACCACAUAUUUUACUUUGUUUUUUAUCUUUGAACAUUUUUCUAAUGGUUUGGGAAGUAAACCUAUUUACAAAAAUCCCACAUAUCAGUGAUAAAAUUUCUUGCUCUCACUAAUUUUUUAUACUAGCAAGGUGACCUGUUCCAAGAAGGUCAUAUUUUUUAAGUUAUCAUUCAGGGUAAAAUGGAAAUACUAUAAAGUCAGAUGUCAAACUUUAAUAUGUUUUCAGUGUUCUCUAAUUUUUAGGAAUUUUUGUAGUCUUUACACCUGAAAAAAAAAGAUUUAUAAGAUCAACAAAAUAAUUGUGUGCUUUAUUUCAUAGACAGUAGUUGUUAGUGUUACAUUCCCAUUUUAAACAAAAUAGAUACUAAUGGUUACAACAUGUGAAGAUUUAUUGUCAUACAUAUUGGAUCAAAAUAUUAACAUAAAAGUAUUGUGUAGUAAAAUCUUUCUUUUGCAUUUCAACACUUAAAAACUGGCAAUCAGAAAAUGUUUACUAUGAAGAGGAAUAUCCAAGUUGGCCCUUUUUGAUAUGUUUAUUAAUAAUGAUUUCUAAUGGGGCAUCUCAUAAGUUUGAUAUGCAUAGCAUCUUAGAAAAAUACUCCUUAAAUUGCAAACCCUUUUAAAAAACAAUGCCUACUUGAUUUGUAUCUAUAUGUCAGGUAAUUAUAUUUGGAAAACUAGUGCACUAACUUUAAAGAAAUUGAAAAUUCAGGUGGAUAGUCUUACAAAAGACAGUGCUUUAUGUUAUAACUAGCUUUGGUCCCAUCUUUAAUUGAGAAACAUUUAUCUGUAUAAAACAUAUUUUUGGAUAAAUAUAUAUAUAUAUAUAUAUUUGUAUCUACAGAAAGGCUCUAAAAAGCAUUUGAGUAAAAUAUUUGGUUCCCUUUUCUAUGAUUACCCUUUGAAGUCCUUAUAGACAAAUGUGGUUGUUUGUUGUCUUUAUAGUACAUACAGUGGUCUUUUGGUGUCCACAUCCUGUUCCCCAUUUUUCACUCUGUCACCAGCUAUUUUGUGCCAUUUUCAGUGUAGAAUUGCAGACCUGUGAGGUCUGUGGUUUAAGUUGCCAUGCUGCUAGAAAGUUGUGCUUUCUCUUUCCAGCUGUUUACUACUUCCUGGAAAAAGUAGUAGCUCUCUGUAGCAUUAUGGACUUUCAGUGGAACCAAAUUUUUGCCAUUAAAAACUGGCAUUGAACUAUACAUUGAGAAAUCAGUCAAAAUAAAAAUUUUUACUUUCACAAGCUGC